GCCAGCGAGCGCCCCGACUGUUAAGCCGAAACCGUUAUGAGCGUCCGGGGGGAGGGGGGCCAGGUGAGACCUCCAGAAGAGGGUCUGCAAGGAAAAGCGAAGCUGUGCCCGUGGGAAAGAAGCCGGACGCAGUCCGGACCUUUCUGAGAUUCUGGUCCUCCAGUGUCCUGGUCCUGGACCUUUAGAGAUCCAGGAGAUCCCAUCAAAGUCUUUGCAUCUUCUGGGGAGAAGAGAGAAGAUGGGGUCAAGAGACCCAGCAGGAAAAGGCCCUCGUCACGAUCAGGUUGAGACCUGGGAAGAAUUUGACCAAAGGACCAGGCAGAAGUUCCUGGAAGAAGGCAACCUCACUUGGGAGGCCAAGCAGCAGCAGUUCACGGGAUUCUGCUACCAGGAGCCAGAGGGACCCCGAGGAGUCUGCAGCCACCUCCACCACCUUUGCCAUCAGUGGCUGAAGCCAGAAAGAAAUACAAAGGCUCAGAUGCUGGACCUGGUGCUCCUGGAGCAGUUCCUGGCUGUUCUGCCCACAGAGAUGGAGAAAUGGGUGCGGGAGUGUGGAGCGGAGACCACUUCCCAGGCGGUGGCCCUCGCCGAAGGCUUCCUUCUGAGCCAGGCAGAAGGCAAAGAAGAGGAGGGAAGUUCUACUGAGGUGGAUCCACAAAGUCCAAAUACAAGGGAAGAUCUAUUAGAUCACUCUCAAGGGGUGUUCUUCAGGGCAAUCUCCCAGGAGGAUCAUCUUGAGGACAUCUCACCAGGGGAUGGUACAAUGUCAGUGGUCCUUGUUCAGAGGUCUCCUUUUUCUGGUGGAGCAGCAGAAAGAUCCACUCUGCCUCCAGUUCAGGGUCCGGUGUCCUUCCAGGAGGUGGCGGUGUGUUUCUCAGAGGAGGAGUGGGCUCUGCUGGAUUCCACCCAGAAGGCCCUCCAUGGGGAAGUCAUGCGGGAGAAUUCUAGAAACGUGGCUUCUCUGGGAGGACACCAUCAAGAAAAUGAGAAUUAUCAGGAGUCAGAUAUGGUGACAUCAAUAACAAUCCAGCACAAAGUGGGAAAACAGAUACUUCAAAGACAAUGGGGAUCAAAAGCACAUGAGGAGAACCACAAUAGGUAUAUGGGAGAGAAAUCAUCCAGUUUGCAGUGUCCAAAAUUUCAUGAGCUCCUCAUCCAGCAGGCUAACACAAGAAAUAGAAAGUCGAAAACAUUCAAAGAUAAGUCCGACUCUGAUAACCAGUGUGCAAACCAGAGUAGAACCAACAAGUAUGAAUGGAAAAAGCCUGAAGCAUGCUAUAAUCAAAAUCUCCCUCCUCCUAUAUUUCAGCAAAUUCAUAGUACAACUAAACCUCAUAAACGCAUGAAGUAUGGAAAGAGCUUCAAGCAUAGAAGUGCUCUUUUUUCCCACAGCAGGACCUACACUGGGGAGAAAUGGUAUCAGUCCACAGAAUGUGGAAAGAACUUCAGCACAAACAGUCACUUUGCUUUCCAUAAAAGACUCCACGCUGGGGAGAGAUUAUAUGCAUGUAGUGAGUGUGGAAAGAGCUUCAGCCAGAAUAGUAGCCUUACACCUCAUCAGCAGGUGCACACAGAAGACAAGACAUACAAAUGCAUAGAGUGUGAAAAGGGUUUCAAGGAUGGAAGUGAAAUUAAUUUUCAUAAAAGGAUCCAUACAGGUGAGGAACCAUAUCAAUGCAAAGAAUGUGGAAAGUGCUUCAGCCAGAGUGGCAUCCUUACUUCACACCAGAGGAUUCACACAGGAGAGAGACCAUAUCAAUGCAUGGAUUGUGGGAAGAGUUUCAGUUAUCAUAGUUCUCUUAUUUCCCACAGAAGGAUCCAUUCAAGAGAAAGACCAUAUCAAUGCAUGGAUUGUGGAAAGAGCUUCAAGAGCAGCAGUAAUCUUACUUCCCAUAAAAGGAUCCACACAGAAGAGAAACCACAUAAAUGUACAGAAUGUGGAAAGAGCUUCAAGAAGAAUGGUAACCUUAUUUCCCACAGAAGGAUCCAUUCUGGGGAAAAGCCAUAUAAAUGUAUCGAGUGUGGGAAGAGCUUCAGUAAAAGUAGUAACCUUACUUCCCAUAACAGGAGCCACACAGAUGAAAGGCCAUAUGAAUGUAUGGAGUGUGGAAAGAGUUUCAAAUCAAGUAGUCAACUUAUUUCCCAUAAGAGGAUUCACACAGGGGAAAAACCAUAUAAAUGCCUGGAAUGUGGGAAGAGCUUUAAAUGGAAUAAUCAACUAACUUCGCAUAGAAGGAGUCAUUCAGGGGAAAACCCAUAUAAAUGCAAGGAAUGUGGAAAGUGCUUCAAGCAUAAUAGUAACCUUAUUUCCCACAGAAGGAUCCAUUCUGGGGAAAAGCCAUAUAAAUGUAUCAAGUGUGGGAAGAGCUUCCGUAAAAGUAGUAACCUUACUUCCCAUAAUAGGAGCCACACAGAUGAAAAGCCAUAUGAAUGUAUGGAAUGUGGGAAAGGUUUCACAUCAAAUAGUCAACUCACUUCCCAUAAGAGGAUCCACACAGGAAAGAAACCAUAUCAAUGCCUGGACUGUGGGAAGAGCUUCAAGUGGAAUAAUCAACUUACUUCCCAUAGAAGGAGUCAUUCUGGGGAAAACCCAUAUAAAUGCAUAGAUUGUGGAAAGAGCUUCAGCACCAGGAGUUGCCUUACUUCCCAUAAUAGGAUCCACUCAGAAGAGAAACCUUAUAAAUGCAUGGAGUGUGGAAAAAGCUUUAAAUGGAGUAGUCACCUUACUUCCCAUCAAAGGAUCCAUACAGGAGAAAAACCAUUUAAAUGUAUGGAAUGUGGGAGGAGCUUCAGCAAAAACUGUUCCCUUACCUCCCAUAAAAGAAUCCACACAGGCGAGAAACCAUAUCAAUGCAGGGAAUGUGGAAAGAGCUUCAGCCAAAAUGGCAUCCUUAUUUCACAUCAGAGGACUCACACAGGCGAGAGACCAUAUCAGUGCGAGUGUGGGAAGAAUUUCAGUUACCGUACUUCUCUUAUUUUCCACAGAAGGAUCCAUUCAGGGGAAAGACCAUAUCAGUGCAUGGAUUGUGGAAAGAGUUUCAAGCACAGCACUUCCCUUACUUCUCAUAAAAGGAUUCACACUGGGUGGAAACCAUAUCAAUGCAUGGAUUGUGGAACGAGUUUCAAGAACAGCAAUAAUCUUACUUCUCAUAAAAGGAUCCACACAGGAGAGAAACCAUAUCAAUGCAUGGAUUGUGGAAAGAGCUUCAGCAACAGAGGUUACCUUACUUCCCACAAAAGGAUUCACUCAGAGGGAAAAGCAUAUAAAUGUAUGGAUUGUGGAAAAUGCUUCCAUGAACAUUUUUCUUUAACUAGGCACAAGAGGAUUCAUUCAGGGGAAAACCCAUAUAAAUGCAAGGAAUGUGGAAAGAGCUUCAAGCAGAAUUGUAAUCUUAUUUCCCACAGAAGGAUCCAUUCUGGGGAAAAACCAUAUAAAUGUAUCGAGUGUGGGAAGAGCUUCAGUAAAAGUAGUAAUCUUACUUCCCACAGUAGGAGCCACACAGAUGAAAGACCAUAUAAAUGCAUGGAAUGUGGAAAGAGUUUCAAAUGGAAUAGUCAACUCACUUCCCAUAAGAGGAUCCACACAGGGGAGAAACCAUAUCAAUGCCUGGACUGUGGGAAGAGCUUCAAGUGGAAUAAUCAACUUACUUCCCAUAGAAGGAUCCACUCAUGGGAAAAUUCAUAUACAGCAUAGAUUGUGGAAAGAGCCUCAGCACCAGGAGUCGCUUUACUUCCCAUAGUAGGAUCCACUCAGAAGAGAAACCUUAUAAAUGCAUGGAAUGUGGAAGAGCUUUAA